AUGUCGGACCAAAUCGACUACGUACUUUUCGAGGAGGCCUCUGGCUACGCUCUGUUCAAGGUGCUGCUGCAGCCCGAGAACAUUGGCGCCCGAGUCAAGGAGGUCCAGGAGUCUUGUACCGACUUCAACAAGUUUUCCAAGCUUGUCAAGCUGGUGUCUUUUGCCCCCUUCAAGGGUGCUGCCCAUGCUCUGGAGAACGCCAACGAUAUUUCCGAGGGUAUCUGCAACGACCACCUCAAGUCCCUGCUCGAGCUCAACUUGCCUGAGGGAUCCAAGAAGAAGAAGAUUGUGCUUGGUAUCAGUGACAAGAACCUGGGCCAGAGCAUAAAGGAGGCUCUCCCCAACGUCGAGUGUGUCUCCAACGAGGCCGUCCACGAUCUCCAGCGAGGAAUCCGUUUGUUUGGCGACCGGUUCCUGGAGCAGCUUGACUCUGGCGAUCUUGAGCGAGCUCAGCUUGGUCUGGGCCACGCCUACUCCCGAGCCAAGGUCAAGUUCUCCGUCAACAAGAACGACAACCACAUCAUCCAGGCCAUUGCGCUGCUGGACCAGCUGGACAAGGAUAUCAACACCUUCUCCAUGCGAGUCAAGGAGUGGUAUGGCUGGCACUUCCCCGAGCUCGCCAAGCUCGUCAACGACAACUACAACUUUGCCAAGCUCGCUCUCUACAUCAAGGACAAGUCCGAGCUGUCCGAGGACUCCCUGCACGACAUUGCUGCCAUCGUGAACGACGAUGCUGGUCUUGCCCAGCAGAUUAUCGACGCUUCCAAGAUCUCCAUGGGCCAGGACAUCUCCGAGGCUGACAUGGACAACGUUACCACCUUCGCCGAGCGAGUUGUCAACAUCACCGACUACCGACGAAAGCUCUACGGCUACCUGUCCGAGAAGAUGAACACCAUUGCUCCCAACCUGUCCGAGCUUAUUGGUGAGGUUGUUGGUGCCCGACUCAUCUCUCACGCCGGUUCUCUUACCAACCUGUCCAAGUACCCUGCCUCUACUGUCCAGAUUCUCGGUGCCGAGAAGGCUCUGUUCCGAGCUCUUAAGACCAAGGGAAACACCCCUAAAUACGGUCUGAUCUACCACUCUUCUUUCAUCGGCAAGGCCGGUCUCAAGAACAAGGGCCGAAUCUCCCGAUUCCUCGCCAACAAGUGUUCCAUUGCAUCUCGAAUCGACAACUACUCCGAUGUGCCCACUUCCAUCUUCGGAAAGGCCCUCAAGCAGCAGGUCGAGGAGCGACUCACCUUCUACGAUACCGGAGUUGCCCCCACCAAGAACGUCGAUGCCAUGAAGAACGCCAUGGACGAGGUUCUGGCCAACAUGGGCGACGUUGAGGUCGAUGAGGACUCUGACGUUGAGAUGGAUGACGAUUCCGACAAGAAGGAGAAGAAGGAAAAGAAGGACAAGAAGGAAAAGAAGGAAAAGAAGGACAAGUCUGAGAAGAAGGACAAGAAGGACAAGAAGGAAAAGAAGGACAAGAAGCGAAAGAGCUUGGGCGGUGAUGAGACUCCUAAGAAGAAGAAGUCAAAGAAGGAUUAA